CUUGUGCAAGGACAUCACAAGCAUUUUGCUCAGAAGAAUAUCGUCAAAGGGGCGAACUCUCCCUCCUGGCGAUGUGAGCUGACAUCAACUCGGGAUCCAAACAGCCCACCCUGUGGCCGCCGAAUGAUGCUGAAAAGUUUUCCAGAGGUAUUGCAAACACAGAGUGGAGAUUCCGGACAGCAUAACCAGACCUCCCAGCACAAUACAACAAUGCAAAGCACAACUGCUGGCAAUGGAAAUGAAGUAAUCCACGCACUUUCAGGAAGUGACUUCGAAGAAAGCGGGGACUGGCUGACUCGCAAUACAGUUCCCAUAAGCAUCAUUCUGGGUUUUGCAAUCGGCAUCGUGUCGGCGUGUUGCUGCCUCUACCUCUUCAAACGGCGGAUCGAUGCUUGCGCCGAUUCGAUCUGCCUCAGACAUUAUCCCCGGCGACACCAAGAGCCGUCGCGCAAGGCUGGCGACUCUCCUUCACAGGGGUCUGGUAUUGUCUACGCGCAGCUGAAUAUCACGAUAUCAGGCGAAGAACCACCUGAACAUUCACGGGCAACUCCGACGAAGACGCACUCAGAAGACGUGGGACAGGCUGGGUGCUGUUCGUCAGCAUUCCCGACGGACACGCACGGAAUUUGCUCUGGGGCCGAACAAAGACACACGGAGUCUACUCGGCAAGUCUCCUUCAGACAUCGCCCAACAGAUUUCUCGGCAGAGGGCGCAUGUGAAUAUGCUUCAAUCUGCAAAACCAGCGGUUAAUCGAAAACUUCAAUAACUGGGCUCAAUCGUAAACAAUAUGACAAUCGGAUGAGGCUGGCUUUAUAAUUCUGGUUCCCAAUUACAGAUUGGAAUAGAUGUCGGAUGCACUUUUGAAUUUUCCUAAUUAAAUUAGCUUCCCAACAGUGUGGAAACAGGCCCUUCGGCCCCACAAGUCCACACUGACUCUCCAAUGAGUAACCCACCCAGACCCAUCUUUCUCUGACUAAUGUACCUAAUACUAGGGGUAAUUUAGCACGGCCAAUUCACCCUAACCUGCACAUCUUCGUGACUGUGGGAGGAAACCGGGGCAUCCGGAGGAAGCCCACGCAGACACGGGGAGAAUGUGCAAACUCCACACAGUUAGUUGCCCGAGGCAGGAAUUGAACCGGGGUCCUGGCGCUGUGAGGCAGCAGUGCUAACCACUGAAAAACAAACCUAAAGGGUCCCAUGUCGACUAUACAAUGGGACAUAGCCCUUUGGGGCGCAAGGCCUGGCAGUCCAUCUGAAAUGUUUUUGCAUUAGGCCUGUUUUUCCUAUAGAGUCAUGGAUAUGUACAAUAUGGAAACAGACCCUGUACUUCAACUCAUUCAAAUUGACAAGGUAUUCUAAAUUAAGCUAGCCCAUUUGCCAGCAUUUGGUCUACGUCCCUCCAAACCCUUCCAGUUCAUGUGCCCACAAGAUGUCUUUUUUAAAAUAUAUUUUUAUUGGAGAAA